AUGGUACACACCCGAUCGCUUGCUGUCGCGGCGUCCGCGUUCCUGCUCGGCGAUCCGAGACUGGCCGCCGGAGGAUCCACGGAGCUCCAAAGCGUAUUGAAGAACACGCAUGGCAGCAAUGAUUAUGGCUAUCCGACGGAUUUUACCCGGGGUAUAAUGCCCUUUCGAGUUGAAGCUUAUUACUCUAUCAGAUCCCAGUUCACUCGCAUAAUGACUAUUGGAGAGACAUACCUUUCUACACCGGCCUAUCCAAAGGAUGUAUCUCGACAGAAGCCGAUGUAUGGCUGUAUAAUGACACCCUCUACGUCAGUCGGCCAUGAUGAAUCCUCCCUGACAAAAGAUCGGACCCUGGAAUCUCUCUACAUCAACCCAAUCCUGGACGUGCUUAAACUCCAAAAUCCCAGUAGCCCAUUUGUAACAUCCCCAACCAACAACGGCGUCUUCGACACCUCCACCUCCCAAACCCUCUACUUUUUCAUCGACCUCAAAACCUCCGGCCCGGAGACCCUCAAAGCCGUGAUCUCCGCUCUCCAACCCCUCCGCGACCAGGGCUAUCUCACCACCCUCAAGGACAAUAAAACUCUCACUACCGGCCCCGUCACCGUCAUCGGCACCGGCAACACCCCGCUCGACAUGGUCGGUCCCGUCGCAGACCGGGACUACUUCUACGAUGCACCACUUGAGGCACUAGCUGAGCCCGAAUACGCCGAUAUCACGGGCCUCAUUUCGCCCAUUGCAUCGACGAACUUUGCUUCGGCUGUGGGGCCCGUCAAGGGGGAGAAGCUCAGCGAUGAGCAGAUUGAGGCGCUGAGGCAGCAGAUUCAGACGGCGGAGGAGAGGGGCAUUGGCGCUAGGUAUUGGGGUACGCCGUAUUAUCCGGUGCGCACGAGGAAUUUUGUCUGGAGGACGUUGUUGGAGGAGGGAGUUGCGUUGUUGAAUGCGGAUGAUUUGGAUGCUGUGGUGGAGUAUUUCUAA